GCCGCGGGCGGGCCGGGGCCAAGCGAGCAACCGUCCUGCAAACUUGGGCUGCGGCCGGAGCGAUGGAGAUGGUGGCGCCCCGGACGCCGUCUCACUCCAAGCCCUGCUGCCUGUGCCGCCUUGCGCACACCCGCACCGUCCUGCUCGGCGUCUGGUACCUGAUCACCAAUGCUUUGGUUCUGCUGAUUCUGUUGAGCACCCUGGCUGAUCCAGACCACUACUACUUUUCAGGUUCUGCACUAGGAGGUGUCUUUGAGUUCAUGAAUGAUGCCAAAAUGUGGAUUACUAUUGCAGUUUCUCUUCUCCUAUUCCUGGUAGGCACAAUGGCUACUUAUGGAGCAUACAAGCAACACGCUGUUUGGAUCAUCCCGUUCUUCUGUUACCAGAUCUUUGAUUUUGCCCUGAUCACCUUUGCUGUAUUCACUAUGGUCGUUUAUCCAUACUCCACCCCGGAAUUCAUCCGACAGCUGCCUCCUAAUUUUCCCUACAGAGAUGAUAUUAUGUCAAUGGAGCCUCCCUAUUUGGACAUUAUUAUUUUCCUGUUUGUCAUCGUUAUCUUGUUAAUUAAGCUUUGCCUGAUCAACUCUGUUUGGAACUGCUACCACUACAUCAAUGGCAGGAACUCCUCCGAUGUCCUGGUUUAUGCCAUCAGCAACGAUACUAUGGUGCUGUUACCCCCCUAUGAUGAUGCCACUGUGAAUGGUGCUGCCAAGGAGCCGCCGCCACCUUACGUGUCUGCCUGAGCCAGAUGCUGGGGUGGGGCCGAGAGCAGCAACUUGAAUUUUCAGAGUAGUAGCUCUUUGAUUUCACUUCUGAGAUGAGCUCUCUGAGCUUAUUUAUUGCUAAAAUGCUACCCUGAUAAAAUUUAGAUAUUAAGUUGAAACCCUCUGUAGUCAUACAUGUGCAUUUUAGCUGGAGGACUGUGAUAGAUUAAUUGUGGAAUUCUUUCUGUAGGGGUAGGGUGUAAUGGGCUUCCUUGGUCUUCUAUAGGCAUUGAAACCUCCCAGUAAUGUGGAUGAACCUUGAGUUAGAGGAAUCUGUUUUUGUACCUGCUGUGCCCCAGAGUUGGGAAUUAGUUAACACUUUAUUUCUCUGUUCCCUGUUGUCUUUUUUGAGUGUGUAAAAUAAAAUCAAAACUAGAUACUGCUUUUUCUUCAGUCUUCUCUUUAUAUAGGAGAAACCUGUAUAAAAACAGGAAUGUUAACUCUGUAAUCAUUGCUCUAAUUAGGCAAGUAAGAGUCCAUCUAUCUAUAAAAAAAAAAAAAAUUUCCUAAAAGAUCAUUGAUGAAUUAAAUUCAGUGACAUUUUGACUUUGCUGGCCAAGGCUAAGUUGAAACCUGUUGACAAUCCCAACUGUCUUGUACCCCAAGUCUGCAGUUGAAGGGUGGGGCUGACGUACUGGCACAGCAUGGGAUCUGGUGCUCCCUUUCUCCAGGUUUCUCAUCCCACCUUAGGCCCCUGACACUGUGUUCUGCCCUCCCCUCCUUACUUUAUCAGUGGAAUUGCUGAUAUGUGUUUAUUUGCCUGAUAACAAAGAUAAAGGUUUUCAUCUUCUCUCCCUGCAAGGCACACCCUACUACUUUAAGCUUCCAAGUGAAACUCAUCAUCUUUUACAAUGUAAAACAGUCAAGAAAAUGGGGAGGGGUACCUUGCUCAUGCCUUGUUUCUUUUCUUGACUACCUGAACUUCAAGGGACUUUUGUAUGUUUGUAUGUCCAAAAGUCACAUCUCUCCUGUUUAUUCAUUAUUGAAUGUGUUGUAAAUGAAGACUUUUGCAAUUAAAGUGAGAUUUGUCCUCAUUGAAGAAACAACUUUUUGGCUC